CAUGUACUAGUAUCCAUCUCAUAACAGCAUUUCAAUUGAGCCAUUCUUUGAUCAUCCAAAUUUCACUUUUUCAAGGGUCAUGGCAAAUUUUGGAACAACACAAAGAAUACCCACAUCAUCGACACCCUUAUCAACUGAUGACACUUACGAACCAAAAUCACCCCAUGAAAAGUUGUACAAAAAUUUCAAAAUUUAUUGCCCUAUUAGCAUUCCCUUGACAGCAGAAGACGCAGGAGUUCGCAUAAUCAAAAACAUGGGUACUUUUGGAUUAUAUUACACCCUCUUUGUGUGGAUCAUACUCUUCAUAACCCUCAUCCCUCAACGUAAGGUGUCCUUAAUUUUGCUGGUUAUUAUGACCUAUGUGACAACCAUUUACUGUUUAGUGUUAAGGGCAUUUCCCAACUCUGUUUUGCUUCAUAGAAUCAUAGAUAAACGGUUUGUGUUGGCUUUGUUAGCAAUAGCUACUGCAGUGCAGCUGAUUUUGACUGAGGCAGGGAUUCAUCUUGCUGUGACUUUGGCUUGUAGUGUGCCUAUAGUUUUGGUUCAUGCUGUUUUGUGGGCUAGUUUUGAGGCCUUUGAGUUUGAGAAUGCUUCUGGGACAGGAGAAUUGGCUCCUCUUGCUGCCGAUAAGGAAAGCCAAGCUGAGAAUUCAGAUGUUGUUUGACUCUGCUAGGAGUCUCACGUUAAAUUGAUAUAGUAGUAUUUUCAGUUGGCUCUUUUCAUGUGCUUAAUUUUAGAUAUAUAUAUUUGUCACUAUAUUGUUCUCUCUAGAAAAAUGUGGAUGUAAUAAAACAAUGAAAAUGCAUUGUAUGCAAUGAGCAUUCGGAUUAUGUGUGUUAUUCAUUUGCUGAAUAAGACCUGAGGAACAAAAGUGGUAGUAUUUGUUGAAUAAGGGUAAAUAUUGAAACAAAUGUGUCAUUCA